GUGAACGUAGCAGGCAGUGUAUGCGAAUGUCAACGAUGGCGUGUGUGGUGGCGAUGGUUGGAGCGGUGGCGAUGGUGAUGAUGGCUGGGGAGAUGCAGGUGGCUGGCGAGCAUGUGGUCGGGGCGGGCGGCUUUGGUCCGAUGGCAGGCGGAGCGGCGCCGCAGGGCGUGUACGACGUGGUGCUCGCGUAUCGCGACCGACUCAACACUGAUGACUGCAAGGGCUGGGCGGCGCUGUUUACGGUCGAUGGCAUCAAGUACGAUGCGCCUGCACCGGCGAUUGGCCGCGCAGCGCUCGAGCAAUUCUGCGUCUCGCAUCGGUCCUCGCUUCUGGCGUUCCAGUAUGCGUAUGCGUCGCCGAUCAUGGUGACUGAGUCGUCUGGCUUCCGCGCUACGGUCCAGUGGCUCAUCGGCGGCGCAACGGCACCGGGCAAGGGCAUGGUCCAAACUGGCUUUGGCUCGUAUGUCCUCACCGCCAACGCCACCGCCGAGCACGGCUUUCUCAUCGCCGAGUGCACCGGGUACAACCUCGAUCCGUUUUACGAGUAGACUGGAGUGAAUGCAUGCCUGAGCACA